UACUUCUUAGCACUUCAAAAGUAGACCUGGUGUUCGAAACAAAGUUAUUUUGGUAAGCGGGUGCUACCUAUAUUUUGGUAUUUUCGAGACGGAAUUUAAAAACAUGUUUUCUACCAAUAGCUAGAUAAUUGCAACGUGAGCAGCAAAGAUGGUGCUUCACCUUGAUAAAGAGCAUGCACUGUUGGAAUGGGUUAACCACUUGAAUGUGGACCUCCCGGUGCGGCGCAUCAAGGAUUUACAGGAUGGCGUUUUGUUGUUGAAGCUCGUCUAUAAACUGAGAAAGGAAGAGCCCGCUAAGUCCUAUUUGGACCAGCAUGUCCAGGAGAGGCUGAAAGUGGUCUCUGACUUCCUGCAAGGUGACUGUAGGUGCAGCACAGAACGGGGAGCUCUCAUCUCCUGGGACAACAUCAGCAAUGGCCUAAACCUGGAGGUGGAGUUAUCCAAGGUGCUUGUGCUCCUGUACUACCAUAGUGUGAUCAACAACCAUGUUGACCUGAACCAACUGGAAUACAAGUUUGAGGUUGAGCUUGCCUCCAUGCUCCGCUUUGUUUUGGACAAUGAGAAUAGCCUCUACUUGAGUGAGAACUUGGAGAAAUAUCUAAGGAAGAAGCCCCUGUUUAGUUUCAACAGUGACAUCUCCAGUACCUCCUCAUCCUCCUUGUUCAACGAUGAGGAGUCCCCGGUUUUCCGGCGCAGAAAGAACAUCACUUCAGUUCAGUUUCUGGACCUCCAAACUGUUGCGUCCUCGUCUGUCAGUUCUCCCCUGCAGGAUGUGAUGAACACUCCUCAGUUCCAGCUGAAGAAGCUGCAGAGGCAGCUGCGUCAGGAGAGAGACAUGAGGGAUGAGCUGGAGAAAGACUUGACCACCAGCGCCGCCACCCUCACCCAGAGAGAGAGUCAGAUCUGUCAGUUGCAGCACCGUAUUGAGAAGCUGCUGAGGGAACAGGCUGAGCAGGAGCAGGAGCCCCGGGAUGAGCUACAAGAACUGCACAUAAAGAACGAGGGGCUGCGGACUCGUCUCCAUGAGGUGCUGAAGGAGUGCCAAGCGUUGAAGACUAACUCAUCUCAGAUGGAACGGAAGGUGGAUAACCUGACAGAGGAGAAUGGCACCCUUUCUGCCCAGAUGCGUGAAGUGAUUGCUCGGUUGGCGAGUGCUGAGGCUGAGGUGGACAGGCUGACUGAGGCCCAGGACUCUGCUCAGGGGGAGUGGAGCAGCAGACACUGCCACAUUCAGGCUGAACUCAACCAGGCCACUGCUCAGAAGGAGUGUCUGAAUGAACAGAUGCUGAUCCUGCAGAGCAAGAUCUCCUCUCUAGAGGACGAGCUGAGUAAAGCCAAAAUGCAGGAAAAAGGAGAGGUUAUGGGCCCUAUCUUGGAGUGGGAGCAGCUGAAACAGGAGCUGGCUGAUGCCACCCUCAGGCACGCAGAGUGUGAGUGCACCAUCGCCCGUCUGAAGGGGGAGAAGGAGCAGGCUGCCACCCUGCAUGCCCAGGAGAGGGCCUCGCUACAGGCAGAGAGCCAGAGACUGCAGGUCCUGGUGACUGAGCUCCAGGAAGCCCUGAGUGCUCUGCGGGCUGACAGAGAGGCUCUGGAGCUGGCCUCCAAGGAGGAGAGGGAGUCCCUGACUGCCCAGCUCCACACCCUGACUGCUGAGGUGGCCAGCCUUACCCAGACUGUACAACAAAGGGAGCAGGAGGUGAAGGCACUGGGGGAGGAGGUGCAGCAGGAGUGCAUUCAGAGAGGGGAGCUGAACCUGGCUAUGGAGCGGCAGGAGAGGAAGGCCAGAGAGGAGAUCCAGGAGCUGACCAGCCACGUGGACACCAUGGGUGACUCUCUGAGGAGGGCUGAGGAGGAGGUGCAGGUCAGGGAGAAGCAGCUUACCAAGCAGCAGCAGGAGAGUGCUCUACAGAGGGAGGUCCUACAGGAGGAGAUGGCUGCAUCUGAGAAGGUGUUAAAAGAGCUGAAGGAGCAGGAGGAGGCCGUUAGAGAGGAGGCCACUCGACUGCACCAGGAGAUAACUACACAUGCUACGAACCUCUGCAGCCUGAGGCAGGAGCACACUGCUCUGCAGGAACAAUUGGCUAGGCAGCAAGAGGAGAUCUCCCUAGAAAAGGAGGCGCAGUCCGAAGCCCACAGGGAGAAGGAAGCGGUGAGGGAGGAGCUCUCUCGACUCCAGGAGGAGCUGAGGAGCCUGGGGGAACAGAUGGCCCAGCUGGAGGAGGCUCAGAGGGAGAAGGAGUGUCUCCUCCUCCAGUCCACAGAGAACAUAGAGACCCUCCAGACAGAGAGAGCCACUGCCUCGUCCCUCGCUGAAGCCAAAGACCUGGAGCUCAGCAGCCUGAGAGAGGAGGUGAGGGCCAGGGAGGAGCAGCUAGCCAUGCAACAAGAGGAGUACCGCUUACAGCAGGAGGAGCUACGGGAGGAGCUUGCCGCUCAGGAGAAUGAAAUCAAUAACAUGAGAGAGCGGCUCGCUGGCCUGAUGGACCAGAUCUCUCUGCUGAAGGAGUUGUGUCAGGAGGGCAAAAACAUGGAGGCCCUGAGAGAAGAGCACACUGCCCAGCUGGAGCAGCUGCGGAUAGUGAAGGAGCAGGUCGAAGAGGUCCAGGAGAGGAAUGAGGAGACCUCGGUAGCUCUCAGGGAGAAGGAGUCGUCUCUCAGGGAGAAGGAGGAGAGCCUCCGGAGGCUGGAGGAGGAGCUACAGUCCACCACCUCUCUGGCCUCCCAGAGACGACAGGAAGAACUGACCUCACUCAAGGAGGAAGUCAUCUCGCAGCAGGAGGAGGUGGAGAGGAGGCGUGCCGCAGAGGCCCUGUCAGUUGAGGAGGCGAGGCAGUUGGCUAGGGAACAGGAGUCUAAACGUAUGGAACUGGAGGAGAGCGUGUCAGCCCUACAGCAGCAGCUGGACUCAGCCAUCCAGGACAAUGAUAGGAAGAGACAGAAUUGUGAGAGGCUGGAGCAGGACCUGGAGCACAGAGUAACACUGGUGGAAGAGCUGAGGCAGCAGGAGGAUAGCGCCAGACUGGAGGCCACUCGACUCCGCCAGGAGAUCUCUACACUUGUCAGCCAUCUGGAGGCCGUGCAGAGGGGGAAGGAGGAGCUAGCCAGGCAGCAGGAGGAGCUGAAAGGGGAGGUGUCCCUUCAUCAGCAGAGAGCUUCAGAGCUCCAGCAGAGCCUGGAGGUGCAGGAGGUUGCUAUGAGAGUGUUAAAGGAGCAGACUGAGAGCACCAGAGAGGAGGCCACUGUGAAGAUGGAGGCCCUACAGGCUCAGCUGGAGGUAGUGUUGUCUCUGGCUGCAGCUAAAGACCUGCAGCUCAGCACUCUGAGAGACGAGGCCUCUCUACUCUGCCAGGAGAACGCCAAACGGGCAGCUGAUCUAAAGGACGUGCAGUCAGAGAAGAUUCGGCUGGAGAGCCUGUUGAGAGAGGAGCACAGGGCCUUGCAGGCGGAGCUGGCCAAGGAGCAGGAGGAGCUGAGGGGAGAGGUGUCCCUCCACCAGCAGAGAGCUGCAGAGCUCCAGCAGAGCCUGGAGGAGAAGCAGGAGGCCCUUAGAGAGCUGAAGGAGCAGCUUGUCCAGCAGCAGGAGGACAGCUCCCUACAGAAGGUCUUGCAGGAGGCCCAGGCUGCAGCUCUCCAGGAGGAGGCGGUAGACGCUCUGAGGGGGGAGAUGACCCUCCACCAGCAGAGAGCUGCAGAGCUCCAGCAGAGCCUGGAGCACCAGGAGGCUGCCUUGAGGGAGCAGGAGGCGAAGAGCACAGAGGAGGCCACUCUGAAGUUGGAGGCCCUCCAAGCAGCUAAAGACCUGCAGCUCAGCACUCUGACAGAGAAGGCCACUACCUUACAGCAGCAGCUAGCUAAGAGGGAGCAGGAGAUCUCCCUUCAGAAGGAGGUGCUGCAGGAGGCCCACAUACAGAAGGAGUCAGUGGAGGCACUUAGAGAGGAGCUGGCCAGGCAACAGGAGGAGCUGAGAGAGAAGUUAAUCCACCAGCAGCAGAGAGCUCAGUCCUUAGAACAGAGCCUGGAGGAGCAGCAGGAGGCCCUGAAAGAGCUGACCGUGAAGGAGGAGAGAGCCAGAGAGGAGGCCACUCUGAAGAUGGUGGCCCUCCAAGCAGCUAAGGACUUGGAGCUCAGCACCCUGAGACAGGAGGCUACUGUGAAGAUGGAGGCCCUACAGGCUCAGCUGGAGGUAGUGUUGUCUCUGGCUACAGCUAAAGACCUGCAGCUCAGCACUCUGAGAGACGAGGCCACUGCCUUACAGGAGCAGCUAGCUAAGAGAGAGCAGGAGAUCUCCCUUCAGAAGGAGGUGCUGCAGGAGGCCCACAUGGAGAAGGAGUCAGUGGAGGCACUUAGAGAGGAGCUGGCCAGGCAACAGGAGGAGCUGAGAGAGAAGUUAAUCCACCAGCAGCAGAGAGCUCAGUCCUUAGAACAGAGCCUGGAGGAGCAGCAGGAGGCCCUGAAAGAGCUGACCGUGAAGGAGGAGAGAGCCAGAGAGGAGGCCACUCUGAAGAUGGUGGCCCUCCAAGCAGCUAAGGACUUGGAGCUCAGCACCCUGAGACAGGAGGCUACUGUGAAGAUGGAGGCCCUACAGGCUCAGCUGGAGGUAGUGUUGUCUCUGGCUACAGCUAAAGACCUGCAGCUCAGCACUCUGAGAGACGAGGCCACUGCCUUACAGGAGCAGCUAGCUAAGAGAGAGCAGGAGAUCUCCCUUCAGAAGGAGGUGCUGCAGGAGGCCCACAUGGAGAAGGAGUCAGUGGAGGUACUGAGAGAGGAGCUGGCCAGGCAACAGGAGGAGCUGAGAGAGGAGUUAAUCCACCAGCAGCAGAGAGCUCAGUCCUUAGAACAGAGCCUGGAGGAGCAGCAGGAGGCUCUAAAAGAGCUGACCGUGAAGGAGGAGAGAGCCAGAGAGGAGGCCACUCUGAAGAUGGUGGCCCUCCAAGCAGCUAAGGACUUGGAGCUCAGCACCCUGAGACAGGAGGCUACACAACUCCGCCAGGAGAACUCCACACGUGUCAGCCGUCUGGGGGAGGUGCAGAGCGAGGGCCCCCUGAGAGAGGAGCACACUGCCUUACAGGUGCAGCAGGAGGAAAACUCCCUACAGAAGGAACUGCUGCAGGAGGUGCAGGCCACAGUCCUCCAAGAGAGGGAGGCCAAGGAGAUACUGAGAGGGGAGGUGUCCCUCCACCAGCAGAGCCUGGAGCGCCAGGAGGCUGUCCUGAGGGAGGAUCUAGCCAGGCAGAAGGAGGAAGGGCAGGCAGCAGGCCAGGUGCAGAAGGAGUUGAUGGAGCAGUUCUCUGUGCUCCAGCAAGAGAAGGAGGCUCUGUUAACCCGGGCCCUCCAGGCAGAGCAGAACCAGAGCGAGCUGGAAGGGAGCAUGGCUGAGCUGCGAGCCCAGGCAGAGAGCACAGAAAGUGGCCAGAGACAACAGCUGGAUGCCCUGUUCCUGGAGAAGGAGAGGCUGACUGAGGGUAACCAGGUCCUGGAGAUGAAAUGUAGCGCCGCCCAGAGGCUGGAGGCUGUGCUGCAGGAGGAACUGGCCUUGCUGAGAGAACAGAUGGAGGGAACAGAGUGGGAGAAGCAGGUCAGAGAUCUACGGGAACAACUUGCUGCCAACACUGAGGUAGUGGAACACUACAAAACACAGGUUGAGAAGGCCAAGAGCCACUACUCUGGGAAGAAGCAGCAGCUUGUGGAGUCUCAGGAGCAGGUGACGGAGCUGCAGCGCAGCCUAGAGGUCAGAGAGCAUGAGGUCAACGCUGUUACCACAGAGAUGAAGCUGCUGCAGAAGGAGCUGGAGAAGGCCAGGAGCAAAGAGAAGAGCCUCGGCUCCAAGAUCAACACUCUGGAAGCACAGCUUGCGUUUGCUGAUCGUCACCUUCGGGAGCAGAGCCAGGUUGGACCUGAGAGGGGACCAGGCAGGAUUGAGAAAAUGAGAGUGGGUAGAGAGAGUGUCUACCUGAAAGUCCCCCAGAGCCAGACUCGCCAGGAGAUCAGCAGCGACAGCCUGGACCUGAGCCUGGACGACUCCCUCAACACUACCACGAGGCCAAUGGAGCCUGAUGAGUCCAGUACUCCCCUGGUGCGUAGCUCGGAGCGCGUAGCUGCUAAACGUCGUGCUCUGGGAGGGGACUCACUGGAGACCCUCUACUUCACCCCCAUGAAUAACCGUCAGAUCAACCGGACCAGUACUGAGCGCCGGCUGCAGAGCAGCAUCACAUCCCUGGGAGAGCUGGCACUGGACUCAGCCAGGAAGAGACCACCCACCUCCUCAGCUAGACGCCGAAGGACCACCCAGGUCAUCAACAUCACCAUGAGCAAGACGACCCCUGGUCGCAGAGGAGCAGGAGAGGAUAGUGACAACGAGACGUUCUACAGCCUGGCCUCCGUCCACUCCCAUCCCAACAUCACCGGAAGAACACAAACUGCACGACCUGUCUCCAUGGAGAUCUUCCACACACCCGGAAAACCUGCCGUUGCCUUGAGCGAUCAGCUCCUCAGUCUUCCUGGUUACCGUCGAAGCACCGUCCACGUUGCAGCUCCACAGAGUACGGGCCAGUUCUGUGUAGGGGCAGAGAAUGAGCCUGACCAUGCUGCUGAUGACUGGCUACGCAUCGCUGAGCUGCAGGCCAGAAACCAGUCCUGUCUGCCUCACCUAAAGAGCAGCUAUCCUCUGGAGUCCAGGCCCAGCCUGGGACCGUCCUUUGAGUUCACCGACGAUGACCUGCGCAUGGGCGACCCCACGGAGACCAUCCGUAGAGCCUCUGUGAUGCCCGGACAGAUUCAGGAGUCUCUGUCAUCCCACCGGCUCUCACUCCACCCGGGACCGGCCGACAGCACCACGGCCACCAGGCCAGCCUACGGCUCUCACCGCCUCUCACUGAUGCCCCCCAAACCUAAAGCCAGCAGCACCCUGAACCACCAGAACACGCACAACCUCAGGGGGAGCAACCUGUCACUCAAACGCUCAGCCAAAGACCAGGAACCAGACACACCUGAGGCUAAGAGGAUGGCAACCAGCUGUUUCCCGCGCCCUCUUACCCCUAAAGGAGGUCGUUUCGGCUCAUCCAACAACCGCCAGCCUCUUAGCCCUGCUGAGCGGAGACAGUCCAUGGUGUUCUCCAUUGACAACACGCCUCGUAAGGCAGCUUCCAAGAGCGGCUUCCUACAGAGAGGCAUGAGUAAGAUUCGCAGCUCCACCCGUAAAUCCCCAGGGAACAAAAGCUCCCGUGUCCCGCAGUCCGGAGAUGGGAAGUCUCCCCGCAGUGGAGCCGGGAGUGUGAAGUCCCCUCAGCCGGGAGGGAAGGCACAGAGGAAGUCCCCUCAGCCGGGAGGGAAGGCACAGAGGAAGUCCCCACGGACCAACAGCAGCAAGUCUCCAAAGAACCCCACCAGCGCACGCAAGGAACCUGAGGUGUUGGUUGGAAAGCCCAUUCAUCUGAGCAGAUGAACUUCAGGAGAAAGAUGUGAAUGAACAUCUGAUCGCCCUAAACACUUUUUUUUACAUAAUCUCCCAAGAACAAUCGUUUUUAUGUGCAAUAAAUACAAGUAUACUUUCAUCAGAGGUUAUAUUAUAUUUACUUAGUGCGAUUUGGGGUUUUAAUAAUUUGGUUUGUUUUGAGAUUUAAAAUUUCAAUCUUUUAUUUAAUUUGACCUCCUAAUGAUGUAAUUGUAUUAGUUAAGCCCUGUUCAAUGGGGUGGUGAGGUAUCCAAUACUGUUAUAGGUCACCUACUGUACGUGUAUAGCUGGUACACUGAAUCAUGAGGAUGCAUUACACUUGGACUUUUUCAUCUCAUCUUCUUUGGCUUUUUAAAGUCCCCACCCUUUUAGCUUUAAAACCUUUUUGUAUCAUAUAUAUAUAUAUAUAUCACACACACACAUGUAUUGUCUUUCAAAUAAAACGUAUAAAACAAUCUAGCAAAUAUUUUGAAAGGUGAAGUUUUGUGAAGGGAAUUCCACCUUUUACCUUAUGGCAGUGCGACCUUAAUCCAAAAUAACAGUCUGGAUUUGAUGUUCAGACAUUUCAUAGAGAGAAAUUUCCAUUCUCAAAUACUACACGGUCAUUAAUUUGUGAGUAGGAUAUUCGACUGUAUAGGUUGGGAUUAUUUUCAAAGGCGUUUGAUUAAAUUCUGUCCAGAAAGUCAACCUGCCAGUGUCUUAAUACAAUCUGUAGGUUACAAGUACCUCCAGGCCAUAGUCAGCCUACUUACCUACUGCAACCCCCUGCCACUUCAGUCAUUUCACCGACAGAAUCUCUUCCCAGUCACAGGAGACUUGUGAUUUGAGCCUGUUAGUGGAACCGAAAUGGACUAGUGAGAUGAGUGGACCAGUAUCACUUUCUGUUAGGCCCCUGGAAAACGAGUGUUUGAAUGUUUUUACAGUCCGAUGAAUGAGUCCGUGUGUUAUGUUUAAACAAUAAAUUAGUCAUUGGA